CUAAUUUCCAGAAACCCAGUGUAGUCUAAUCUAAUUGAGUCUACUAUCUAUAUACUGCGUUUCAGCGUCUACUGGGCCCCCAUUAGACAAAGAUGGCUUCACGCCUUCUCGCAGCUGCGUGUCACGUGUCUCCCAUCCCAUUCUCCGCUGUAAAGACGACAGAGAAAUGCAUACAAUUUAUCAACCACGCGGCUUCCAACUCUGCCAACCUAAUUGUCUUCCCAGAGUCAUACAUACCAGCAUUUCCAGUCUGGAGCUCGAUAUUGGCUCCUACCCAGAAUCAUGCUUUCUUCGAGCUCAUGGUGAAGGAGUCGAUCUAUGCGGAUGGUGAAGAACUCGGCGCCCUCCGAGAAGCAGCGAAGAAGAAUCGAGUCAUGGUUAGUAUUGGAAUAUCUGAGAAAGUAAGAGGAAGACAUGGGACUUUGUUCAAUUCCAACAUUAUUAUUGGUGAAGAUGGAGAAGUGAAGGUGCAUCAUAGAAAGCUGAUGCCAACCUGGUUCGAGAAAUUGACGUGGGCGCCUGGCGAUGGUCAUGGCUUGAGAAUCGCAGAGCUCGGACUGGGAAAUGGGAAAGCGAGGGUAGGAGCAUUGAUAUGUGGCGAGAAUACAAAUCCACUUGCGCGGUACAGCAUGAUGGCACAGGGAGAGCAGGUUCAUAUCUCGACUUGGCCUGCUGUUUGGCCAAGUGUCAUUCCAAAGCCCAUCCGAGAGCCAGAUAUUAAAACUUCAGAUGCAGAAGAGCAUAAGAUCGGCAGCGCCGAGAAGAGGACGAACUACGAUAACAUCGCCGCAAAUAGAACAAGAGCUGCAGCUCAUUGUUUUGAGGGGAAGUGUUUCGGCAUCUUGUGUGCCGGACACCUGGAUACUGCCAACAUUCAAAGUAUCUCGGAAAGAUCAGGAGACCCGAAUUAUGUAACGAAGGUGUUGGAAGCAGCUCCAAGAGCAGCUACGAUGUUUCUUGGCCCGACGGGAGCAGCACUUCCGGCAUACGUCGUUGAUCCAAGCAACGGCGAGAAGCAGGAUAGAGAAUUCCUGCAGUUGGAAGAAGAUGUACUAUACUCUGAAUUGGAUCUGGAGAGAUGUAUAGAGGGCAAGCAGUAUCAUGAUGUUGUUGGAGGGUAUCAAAGAUUUGACGUAUUCGAUUUGAAGGUUGAUAGGUCCAGAAAAGAUCCUAUCACUUUCAUUUAGCACAUCAAGGGAACUUGAAUGUCAGUCAAAGUAAAGCGAGA